AUGACUGAAGCUAAGUCUAUUAGUAUUCCAGCUAAUCCUCAUACUAUUUCAAAAUCAACUAAUAAGCAAGCUCUUUUACAUAAAGAAAUUCUGUACAGAGGGGCAGUGGGAUCACUCAUGUUCUUAGCGAUAAUAAGUCGUCCUGGCAUCGUCUUCGCGUUCAACUGUGUUAGUCGGUAUCUGAACAAUUAUGAACAAACCUAUUGGCAGGUAUUGAAACGAAUUCUAAGAUAUCUUAAAGAAACAGUAGCUUUAAAAAUAAUGCAUUCAAACAGUGGGAGCUUUGCAAAGUUUAUAGGAUACUCAGAAUCCGACUACGCAGGCGAUGUUGAUACUAAGAGAUGA